AUGGACUAUGUUGAUGGUGAACCACUUUUUAAUAUUUCUCUUUCAACUGAAAAAUGGCAGCAAGUUAUUGAACAAGUUAAAAAAUACUUUCAAUACUUCAUUGUGCCAAUCUACUCUUUGGUAAUCUCUGUAGCAGUAAGGUUAUGCCUAAAUGAGAUACAUAAUGGGGAGCUAAAAGUCGAAUUAGUUGGGUUUAACCGGGGAGAGGAAGAUGAGUUUACAUAUCCAUAUUUCAUGAAUCAUAAUAUCCAACGACCAGAAGGAGAUAAGCAACAGGUAGCCAGUCGCAAAAGAGUGAUUAAUGGCAAUUCACCAAAAACGCUAGAAAAAGGUCUUGUAGAGAAAGAACACAAUAAAUGUAAAAAUAUUGGAGAACAUAUCUUCCUUUUUGUCACUGAUUCCAAAAAGCGUAGUGAUGAGACUUAUAAGGAAAAUGAAAUUUUGAUAGCAGAAGAGGAAAAAAACUAUUUACUUGGAGAUUUGUUGACAAAUUAUUCUCCGACUCCUAAAUAA